ACAACCAUCCCUCACGCAAAAUUCAAUGUUAUCGUCGUUGCGUCGGUGUAUGAGUCCGAGGCUAUCUUGGAGAGCACAUGCUUUCUCUCCCCAGUCGUGUCGCUUCACCUGGUUCAUCUUACGAAGGUCGAUCUCCCACCAGUCUAGGCCAAAUUCGCUAGCCUCGGCGUCGGUGACACAAGCCAUUCAACACGAAUCCUCACAUCCUCCAAAAACAAUCCUCAUAGUAAACAAAUUACGGACUCAACCUGUGAUACAAGCAAUUGAUGACUUUCUUGAACAUGUACGGACAUCGUAUCCAGGGGUCAGAGUGUUCGCUGAGGAUAGACCUGACAUCCCCGCUGGGGCAGAAGUGUGGCGUCCAGGUUCCCAGUCGGAAAAGGUUGAUCUAGUUGUGACGCUUGGUGGAGAUGGCACUAUCUUGCAUGCUGCAUCCUUGUUCAGUCUUGGGGCUGUCCCACCUGUCUUGAGUUUUUCUAUGGGCACCCUUGGGUUUUUACUCCCUUUCCAUAUCGAUGAUUUUGCCAAGGCACUCGAGAGUGUCUUUCAAGGGAAGGCUACCAUUCUGAACCGUAUGCGUUUGUCCUGCACAUUUUUCGACGGCGAUGGGCGAAAGAUAGGAGUGGAUGAAGAUGAGUGGCAGGUUAUGAAUGAAAUAGCCCUCCAUCGCGGCUCGAGUCCCCAUCUUAACACUAUUGAUAUAUAUGUUGAUGGCCAGCACCUCACUGAGGCUGUGUCUGACGGCGUGAUUGUUUCGACGCCAACGGGCUCAACAGCGUAUUCCCUGUCUGCUGGAGGUCCAAUUGUACACCCGUCAUUAAGUGCAGUAGUUCUUGUUCCUAUAUGUCCAAGAAGCCUCUCUUUUCGCCCACUCGUUUUCCCCUCAUCGUCUUCCGUUACACUUCGCAUUGGUGACCGCAGUCGUGCGGCGGCAGGUGUCUCAAUGGACGGGCGUGUAUCUCAUGUAUUGAAUCCAGGAGAUUCCGUGACGGUUCAAGUAUCGCCAUUUCCUGUUCCUUGUAUCAAUCGUUCUUCGAUUUCCGAGGAUGGGAGCGAGCGCCACACCGAAGGAGUAGGUCCGGGGAAAGAAGAUGAUUGGGUACGGGAUAUCAAUAACCUCCUACAGUACAAUGCUACGUUCAGGAGCAAGGCGUUGCUUCGAUAUAGUCGCACGUAGGUAAUUUGCAGCGAUGGACACGUGGAUAUUGUCUUUUUCAAAGCUAGUUGUCACUACUCUACUAGUGAUUCACCGUUGUUCCUGGCUUGCAUAUACGGAGUCCCGACAUGUCUAGUAUAACAAUGGCUUUGUUAUAGUCUUGUUUUAUAUAUUAUUUCUGGACAGCUGUUGAUAACAUUACAUCAGUUGAGAAUGAAUGGCCUUCCAUGGGCUCAAAAAACAAGCAUCACUAACCUAAUUUUUUGACAAAUCAUUUUAUAUGUAUCUAUCCUUACUCCUACCAAAAUCUAGGUCAACAACAUUUGUUUUUUGAGCCUGUGGAAGGCCGUUCUCAACUGAUGUACCAUUAUGUACAGCUGUCCAGGCAUAGUACAAGUCUCAUUCCCAGUUAAGUUGAACCUUAACUUAACCAGCACUAUUUUGAGUUGUUUGCUAUACCUGCUAUAGUAGCAUUUUUGUGAUAUACACAGUUUUCCU